ACAAAAACAAAAAACCACCUUGGGUUAAAUAUAACUCAGUUUGGUUUGUUAUUAACACAAGGGCUGGGUAAAUAUAGGACAGAACCCAUAUUGGGUUAAUUUUACACAGCAAAUUGGGUUGUUUAUUUAAUAUAGCAUAUAAGUGGUUGAUUUAACCCAGCUAUGGUUUAUUCAUUUUAACUAUAUUAUUAUCUUAUUUUUUACUUAAUAUAUUAAAUAAUGUUUACAGAUUAACAUAAAUCCUCUAAACUUUUCUAAAAUACUCCACACAACCACUGGUUUGCAUGAUAUCUUCCUUUAUUUUCCUUUAUAUAUCAUUUUCAGCAUUGUUUAUAUAAUUUUUAAUAGGCUAUAAAUAUUGUCCAUAUUGAAACUAUUUUAACACACAUUAAAAGUAAAAAUUGAACGUUAAACAGAAGUAAUUUGCAUGUUAUUAACCAGUUUCUCUGUGUUAUUCCGUAACUGCGCUGCGUUGGUUCUCGUGCCCGAGCUGGAGUCGUGUUCGGCGGGGAACUGCAGACGCCUGAGGCGUUUCACUCAUACUGUAGCUGAUAUAUACUGCUAUAGACUUUAUAACCUGCCCAAAACAAACACUAAACUGCUCUGAUGAAAUAUUUUAACAACCAAAGUAUUUGUAUUCUGUAUCUUUAUGAAUAAAAUUGUUUAUUUUAUGCAAAGCAUAUGGAUUUUCCAUCACAUGAAAAGACUGCGACACUCAUUAAAGGUGAUUCUUACCACGCAUUUAUUUUACUCUGCAUAAAAUUUUAUGAUAUAAAGCCCAGUAACAUGUAUUUAACCAACGAAUGCAUCAGUUUGAUGGCGUUAAGAACUGCUCUCUCCAGAAGAAAAACAAAAUCCCAGCAAUAAAUAACUCUAAUGUAAGCAUAUUAAAUUACAUAUUAACAUAUACAUCAUAUAUUAAAUUUCAUUAUUUAAGUAGACACUUAAACUAAAAAACAACUGUUGCUUUCAUGCUUUACUCUAAUUUUAGGCUGCUUAGUUAUUUCCACAUAAAAGUUUCUGUGAAUGCAUCAUGUCUGUUCAUGGUUAAAACAAAAUGGAUGUUUGCAUGCAAAUUAGGCUAUAUUUAUUUUUCAUUGGUAGAGUGGUGAGAGCUUAAACGUCUGUCAGAUCAAAGGGAGGAAGUAAGAUGGAGAAUGUCCAAAUAAGAAGAGGCUCACAAAAGCUCACAUCUCAAGAAGACUAUUUUCUCAAAAUGUGAUAUUUAGGAACACAACACCUACUAGAGUAUACCUAAAAAUACCCAGACUAAUGUAGCCAAAUAAAACGACAGAAAGUGCUCUCCACUGACCAUUUCUGAGAACAGCCUUCUUUUACAAAGAAAUUUUCAAGCGCCCCUCUCAACAGCAACAGCUUCUGACAGUAAGUGCUUCUGCUUAGAUGUCCUCAUUGAUGUAGGAAGACAGGCCUACGUGGGCUUCAUGCAAUCAGUUAUCUGAUCUGAAACCCACAUCUUUCUCUCUGUCGGUAAACUAAAACAGCCAACAUAUAAGGCAAAGAUGAAGACACAAAAGCUAACGGAAAAAAACUCACUCUUCUCAGUCUGCUUUACUAGACAAUUCUUGCUUGUGUAGCAAAUAGAUACCCUCUACUAAAUUAAAUUAGUAGAGCCUAUGCUGGACUGCUCCCUUUACUUAAUGUAUACAUAAUAAAUUAUUAUUAUUAUUAAUAAUAUUGUAUGUAGAAUUGUAUUUCCCAGUUGACUUUGUGCUAACAUAUUGUUAAAGAUUGGACUUGAAAUGUAAAUCAAACAAAUGUGAAUAUGAGUUGAGAUUUUAAUGCAGACAGGUUGACAAGUACAAAACCCUCUAGGGUCUGCACAUGCUCGCUGUUUAGGGCUAGUGCUAAGUAAAAAGUGGUUAACCAUAAAGCAUCUUCCUUUGCUCUGAAAUCGCUUUUCUCAGUGGGGGUCGAGUCGUGCUCACAUCACUUCGGCAGUUUUGGAUUCAGGCUUUCACGGUCAAGAACAGAACAGACAUAUUGCAUAUUUACACGUAGUAUUUGCAAUAUGUUUUAAUUAUUUAAUUUCUUGGUUAGACAGUUGAAAGAAGGUUCAAAGGAUUUGAAGGUGUUUCACACAAAACAUCAUUGACAGCAGGUAAUGAAUCACCACAGCAGGACAUACUGUAGACUGCAGACUGCAAUGGAUUUUGGUCACAUCCUUGUAUUCUUCAUGACAGUUCUGAUGUCCAGCACAGGAUCCAGAUUUGAAGACCAUGUGUUUGUACAGACAGGGGACUCUGUUAAACUGGACGUAAAAAUUAAAGCGCUGCCACACUUCAGUAGAUUAGUCUGGAUGAAAGAUCAAACAGAAAACAUAGUCAGAUUAUCUGAUCAAUCUAGAGAAAUAAAACGUUACAAGGACAGAGUUGAUUUCAGUAAUACAACUUUCUCUUUAACACUGUGGAAUAUGCAGAAGACAGACAGUGGACUCUACAGAGCAAAAAUAUUAGGAGAAAAAGAAGAAUUCGUUGCUGAACACAACGUAUCAGUUAUAGAUCCAGUGGAUCCUCCUGUUCUGAACUGGAAUGCCACCAUGAUCAGUGUCAACUCCUGUAUGGUGAAUGUCUCAUGCAGUGGGCAUGAUCGUUUAAUCACAGAAAUCUACCACAGCAACAACUGCACUCAGGAGGAAGUGACAUCAUUUGGAAUCCAGACUCUAACCCUGUAUUGUAUAGAAAAUGUAGUUAUUUGUAACUAUAGCAACCCAGUCAGCUGGAAGAAUGACACAAAAGAGAUUACCCAACUAUGCAACUCUCAUGAAUCAAUUAAACCCAAAGAAAACAAUACUUCCUUUCCUCUCUAUUGGCUCUCGGGGAUCGCUGGUGUUACACUGUUGGUUUUCACAGUAGUUUCUGUAAUAUGCUGCUCUCACAAGAAGCAUAAAAGUGGUGACCAACAGAAUGAUCAAACAGUCUAUGCACAAGUUCGGCCAAAGAAUGAAGUGCAGAGACCUCUGGAGAUGCUGGAGAAAUCAGCGAAUCCUCAAACUGUGUAUGGAUUUACAGGAGAACACAAACAAACUCGCAAUACUAGUCAAACCAUGCCUAGUCCUCAGAUAGAGGAACAGGCACAAACAGAAAAUCACCCCAGGACCACCUACAGCACAGUAGGAAAACACCAAAACCAAAACCUAUCAUUAGCAACUGAACCAGACCAUACAAUUUAUUCAGUAGUGUGUAAAUCCACGCACAACAGACGGCCUGUGCAUAAAUAGCAGGGGUUAACCCUGGUUUUGUAAAAGGGAGUCACACUUGUGUUGUUCACUAUCAAAGGUGACUAGACACCUGACAUUCAUUUCUUUUCUUACUUUUUUUCAGUGAAAUCAAUUUAAUUUAUUUUUGUUCGAUAACAUUAUAUAUAUAUUUACACAUACAUACAUAGAUACAUACACACACACACACAUACAUUUUUGGGAGAAUUUCAUGGCAC